AUAUAUUUCCUCAAUGACUCAAAUCUUAGAUAUGGUUCUAAUCGUUAACAAUCCCGAUGAUUUUACCGAUAAUUUGAAUAUGAUGUUAACUAUGACUGCCGCAUGCUACAAAAUGUUUAUUAUGUGGAUAAGCUACGAAAAUAUCUCAGCGUUAAUUAAUACUUUAAAUGAGGAACCAUUUAAACCACUGGAUCGAAAUGAAUUAGAGAUUCGACGAAAAUUUGAAAAAAUAGUACGAAAUAACACAUUACGCUAUGCGAUUCUCAUUGAGACGACGUGCACAUUUAUUGCUCUGACGUCCUUGCUCACCGACUUCAGGCAAAGAAAAUUAACGUACAGAGAAUGGGUGCCGUAUGAUUUUUCGUCCUAUGCAAUAUUUUGCUUUACAUAUGCUCAGCAAAUGAUAAGCACAUAUCAUUGCGCAACCGUGAACGUUGCUUGCGAUGCGCUUCUAUGCGGAUUCCUAAUGCACUUGUGUUGCCAACUCGAGAUCUUAGAAUAUCGUCUAAAUAGAAUUUCAGACAAUUAUGUUACCAUUGGCUACUGCAUAUGUCAUCACAACAGAAUUUACGAGUUUAUACGUUUGGUUAACAUGAGAUUUAAUCAAAUAAUUGGAUUUCAGUUCAUAGCAAGUACAAUGGUCAUUUGUUCUAAUUUAUAUCAACUGACUAAUCCAUCAUCGAAUACAGAUCAUGUUUUGUUAAUUAUGUACACGUGUUGUAUGCUGACGCAAAUAUUUAUUUAUUGCUGGUUUGGGAACCAAGUCAAAAAUAAGAAUGUAGAGGUCAACGAGGGACAUUGA